AUGUUUAUGCACGUCGUUAAGAUCUUACCAGAUUGUUGCUGCAUAAGACGGUUCGACUCUACCAUGAAGAAAGUCAGCACGAGUGAAGCGAACUUUGAACGGCUAUUUGCACUGAUUGCGAGGCACAUGGAGGUGUUAAAGUUGAACAUUUUUAAACCGGAUUGGCGUUUGUCCCUGCGAACUAUCGUAGUAUUGGCGGCGAUUGGUUUUAUGCCAAUUUUGACAGCCUUUUCGGUCAGCAAGUACGGUGAACAUUUGGAGAUUGUGGUCGAGUGCAUUACGCAGGCUUGCACCGGUAUGCAGGUGUUCAUUCGAUCGUACUUCUACCUUCGCCAGCGGGACCAGUGUAGACAAAUCGCAAAGGAGAUUCGUGAACAGCGAAUCUCGUACGGCGCCAACCAGGACGAUCGGAUGGAGCAGUUGUUCCAGCGUGCAACGGAACGGAUGCUGUUCCUGUAUCGGCUGAUGUACGCGAUGUACUGUGGAUCCUUUUUCUUUCUACUGGGACCUUUGAUAAUGCCCGAUCCACGCAAGGCAAGCCUUCCGUUGGCGUUUCGCAUACCAUACCUGCCACCGAAUGAGAAUCUUCUGUACUGGUGCUUAAACUAUCUGCAUCACAUCUUGCUCAAUGUAGUUGGCAUCCAUCAUUUGGCUCCAAUCGAUGGAGUUAUCGUAGUGGCAUUGAUCAGCAUGUGUACAAGGAUCGGUGCUCUGGAGCUGAUGCUGAAGGAGCUGGAUGAGAAAAUUGUGGACUCAAAAUGGCAACAAACGAAACACCUUGAACCGUACCUGGACCGGAUCAUCGAGCUGCACACUGACAUGAAACGGUUUGCGGAUCUCGUAAAAAGUACGUUUGAAAUGCACUUCUUCACGAUAUUUGGCAUGAUCUGUUUCAUCAUCUGCAUGUGCUUGAAUGUGAUCGCUGGACAGCCGAGGAACUCAAUCUAUCCGUUGCUGUUGGCUUCUGUCUGUCAGCUGUUUAUGGUCUGUCUGUUUGGUAACGUACUGCUCAUUGUUAACGAUCGCUUGCCGAACAGCAUUUACGAGAUACGGUGGUAUCGACUAACCGUUGCUCAGCAGAAGAAGAUACUGUUCUUGCUCGCUAAUGCUCAAACAGACGUCAUGAUGAGUGCUGUAUUUAUGCCGGUGAACAUGACUUCAUUUGUUGCGGUUUGCCGAGCUGCUUACUCGUACUUCACCAUACUUCAUUGA